GCUGAAAUCCACACCAGUCUCCCUAGAUCAUAUAGUGAGGCACCUUUUCUACCUAAUUUAGAGCCCAGCUUUCUUCAACCAUUUGUGAUAUAUAUUGCACAAUGGCAAUCUGGAAUGGUAAAGUUUUGAAUUUGUGUUUUCUGUGGCUUCUGGUGUCCACAGUUCUGCUGAACGGUGCAGAUUGCCAUAGCUGGAAAAAGUCGAAGCUUCCAAAGCCCUGCAGGAAUCUUGUUUUGUAUUUCCAUGAUAUAAUCUACAAUGGUAAAAAUGCAGAGAAUGCAACAUCUGCACUUGUUGCAGCCCCUGAAGGAGCUAAUCUCACCAUUAUGACUGGCAAUAACCAUUUUGGAAAUCUCGCUGUAUUUGAUGAUCCUAUUACUCUUGACAAUAAUCUUCACUCUCCCCCAGUGGGAAGAGCUCAGGGAUUUUAUUUCUAUGACAUGAAGAAUACAUUCAGUUCUUGGCUUGGGUUCACAUUUGUGUUGAAUUCAACAGACUAUAAGGGCACCAUCACCUUCAAUGGAGCAGACCCAAUUCUGGUUAAGUACAGAGAUAUAUCUGUUGUGGGUGGUACUGGGGAUUUCUUAAUGGCCAGAGGAAUUGCUACCAUCAACACUGAUGCGUAUGAGGGAGAUGUUUAUUUCCGGCUCAGGGUGAAUAUCACAUUGUAUGAGUGUUACUAAUCAAGUUUUUAAAGUGUUUGUAUGUAAUAAAGUCUGAUUGGGACCAUCUCUGAAAAGUCGAAGCGUACUUUCGCCAUCAAAAUUUUCUUAAGAUUGUGAAAUGAUGCUAUUAUUGUGAUUUGAUUUCUGUUAAUGAUGGACUUCUUCUGCUCUU